UACGGACAAUAUAAGUAAUGGCUUUUUCUUAUAUUGUUCGAAAGUUAUUCCAGAAUACAAUGAUUUCGCUAUGCAUCUGGGUUUCGAAGACCAAAUUUUCAGCGAUGUUUAUGAAAUCAAAACAUGGGGUGAUACUCCAAGAUAUCUAGAUUUACAUAUUUCUGUGCUAGGAUUUGUUCAAGAAAAUCAGCUAGUGGUAGUUAUGCCCUUAGAAGGUUCUGUAGAAGGCAAUAUUACAGGCCAGGCAUUUACAGAGGGAGAUUACGAAGAAGAGUAUACGAAAUUUGAUAUAAAAAUUGACCUAACAAGAAUGAAGACGGCCAAAUUCGUUGUAUUAUCACAGCGUCGACAUGAAGAGUUUGCAGUUACACAAGACGCACUCAAAAUUGUUCCGCAAUCAGAAAGUAAUGCAGAAAUAGACAUACCUGAGGGAGCAUUUAAAUCACCGGGAAAAUUAAUGCUUAAUGUAGCUGAUACGAAUGACUGGAAUGGUGAGGAAACGGUCUUAUUCACCAAUGCCCUAGAUUUAACAAUGCAGAAUAAUGUUCAGCCAAGCAAACCUGUAAAUAUGAAACUUCCUCUGCAUUCAUUAGUUGUGUCAGCCGAUGAUUUCAUAAUAAUAGCCUCACAUACAGAUAUUCCAGAAGCAGAGAAAGAUUGGGAAAUAUGUUCAACAAAUAUAAAAAUUGAAGGGAAUAUAGUUUCUUUCUCUGCAGAACAUUUUACACACUUUGCUGUUGGAUCAAAGAAAAAUUUCAAGAAAAGUGCAGAAUCCGCAACAUUAGCUGUUAAUUAUUACAGACCAACAGAGAUAUUUGCAGGUCUUAAGAAAGAGACAGAUAAUAAAUUGACCUUGAUAGUCGAAAUCGCAUUGAAACAUUGUGGGAAGAGGAGAAGGAAAUAUUGGAGACAGAAUGGCUUUCGACUACAGACAAUAGAAUACAGAGACGGUAUAGUUCAAGAUGGUGAAAAGCUAAAAAUUUCCUUAGAAGGCAAUUUUCAGAUAGACACUAUAAGUAGUUCCAAAGAACACAUCGUAUUCAACCAUUACAAGAAAAGGAACUAUCGUACAUUUUACAUUGCAUCUGACCAGCAUGAACCACCGAUAGGUGACGUCAUAAUAUUCAGGACUAAGAAAAAAAUCGUUGAACAAUCAGUUGUAGAAACAUUAGAAAACAAACAUAGAUUAUGUAAUAGUUUACAUUUAUGUAACAACGUUGUGAAAGUGGCAACAUCUAGAAAAGUGGCCAUCGAAAAUGGUAUCGAGGAACUUGUCAGAUUACCAAUCGAUGGACAACUGUUCGAUGACAAUCAAGAUGUUGGUGUGGAUAAAGAUGAUGCACAGUGUACAAUUCCUGUUCUUAGAAAAUCAUCAUUAUUUAGACUCGGAAAACAGCUCAGUGAAGAUGAAUGCUACAAACUUGGAGUACAAUUAAAUAUUUCAGAGAAAAAACUAUCGAGCAUAGAGACAAAAUUGGAAUUUAAAACUGCGAUGUUUGAAAUAUGGCGACCUUCAAGGCCUAAUGAAACCUUAGUUUUUAAUUUAGUUAAAGCACUAAAAAAGAUUGAAAAAGGCAAUGAAGCCGAUGCCGUACAGGAAGCUUUUGCAAACAAUGUAGAAUUCAAACUGUACUACUAGAUCAUUUAAUGACUUAAACAUUGAAAAUAUAUAAGGCUUUUAUCCUAUUUGGGUUGUAUUCCUAGUAGCUUCAUGCAGAUGAAAUAAAUUUUAUCCGGCUAUAACCUUUCUACUCUACAAACCUAGGUGUAUAGAUAUCACUCAACGUUACGUCACAGAUGUUUUUGCAGUCCGAGUUUGAGUCAUGUUGAUUUCAUUCAAUAACAAAUACAAUGGGUCUGAAGUAAAAACAAUGUUCAUUCAAGCGUAAAUAUCAAUU